AUGGCGCUCUCAAAUGAGCUGGAAGUUGUGCUCAUAAAGAUUAAAGGUGCGAUCUACAGGGAUGAGGUGGGUGCUUUCCCCGACCUUUCUAAUCAACUGGUCGAUACAUUUGUCGCAAACUACCGGCAUUGCAAGAUUGGAGAUGACGUCAUUGUAAGUGAUGCCUCGUUUCUCAAUAUUUAGUGGUAAUAGGAGGAAAAUGAUGAAAAAAUAUAUGAGUUUCAUAAUUUAGGAAGCACUGAAGUCGCUAGCUCAAUGGAUGGACAUCCAAACAAUCGAAAAUUUUGUAAAUAUUGAAACGGGUACUGAUCUAGUAGAAAACCUAAAGUCCGCAAUAAACAAUUCCCAGGUUUCGGACGAAGACAUUGAGGAGAAAGAAGACCUGAUCGAUCCAAACGAUCAACUGAUGGGUAUAGAUGAUCUCGUUAAACAAUUGAGCUUACGGUAAGACAGUAUUAGCCCAAUUUCCAACGGUAUUCUCUCAGAAAUGUCCCACGAUUUGAGCCUGAGAUGCCAGAAUUCUCGUCGGAUUCCGAAGACGACGACUCUGAGAUAAAAGUCAGCGAACUCAAUGAACAUCGAUUGGAAAAAAAGGGAUCGCAAACAGCAGAACAUGAGGUGGAAAGGCAUAGUGAUGGAAGAACAGUGACUACCAAAAAGUUUAGCACGUCUUCUUCAAGUCGGACAAGUUCAACGGUAAAAAUUUGGCUAAAAUUUGAAAUUAUACUUGAACAAAAGGAACACAUUCCCGCAAAAUCAAACAAAACUUCCAUAUUCUAGAGGACAAUCAAGAUUAGUGGCUCCAGUAUCCCCGAGGACAUCAUGAAACGCUUACAAAAUGAGAAAGUCGACUUCGAUGGGGAUGAAACAGAAGACAAAGAGAUCACCAUCCCCAAUAGCAUGGAUAUGAUCGAUAACGAAAUGGAAGACGAUUGCCACACAAAGACGAAAACUGUACAGCACAAUGAGGCUGUUCUACAGUGAGUAACUUACUAUACAUCCCGAUGUUUGUUUAGAGCAGUCAAACGACAGGCGAAGACCAACGGAAGGAUAAAGCUGGACCAACAAAGUCGAAAGUUGGAUACGAUGGACCUCAAUGCAAAGCAAAUUGAUUAUUUCGAGGUAAACUAUGAGUAUCCGUCCCGAAAUUUUUUUUGCGAACAAAAUGUUGACAGGGUCUUCCAGAAUUUGAAUCAGCGCGAUUUAUUUUUUAAAUUUGUCCAAAAAAUGGCCAUUUUAAAAUGGUUGUUUCUUAUUUUUAGGCGAAAAUUAUGAUAGAUUUUGACGAGCUUCUUCUGGCGUAUAUGUGCGUAUAUGAGUCUCUUUUAUUUGCUUAUUAAUACUUUUAUUUUCCGGAUGAAAAUUCGAUCUUUUUAGGGUGAUAAACUUGUUGAUCGGCAUGGUGGUGGUCUUUACCAAGAACACUCGAUUAUCCAAAACAAAAUUAACGAUGAAACAGAAGAAUACGAGAUUCUCCUUCCAGUCAAACGAAUUUCCCAUCACACAGUAAAGGUAUGAACCAAUUUCUCGGCAUUAUUAUCUCACUUUAGACUAUUGAAGAUGAUCAGCAGAAAGGUGGCUAUUUCAAAGCCGUGGCUCUUGAAUCGUACAUUAAAUUGAAUGAUAAUCUCCGAUGCUUCGAGGAACAGAAACACACAGAAAUUCAUUAUUCAUUUGGACUUUCUGGAGUGAGAACGACAGAUCAUAAGAAUCUGAUGCAAUUGAUGUGGUAUGAAGGAGAUUGCGCGGUUGAGGGGGCUUAUGAUGAAACGGCAGGUAAACAGCCACUUCCGAAUUCUCUUCCGGAGCACGUGGAUGUUCUUGAAGCCUAUGAUGCUUCGGAUUACCUAAUUUUACGAGAAAAAGAAGGCCAGGAGGUAGUGUAAUAUCUAUUUUUUGUUUGACAAAUAUUGUUGCGUUUUUUUAUGUGGGCUGAUUAUAGGUCUAUGCCGGUCCCAUCAAUGCUCUAGUUGUUCAUUCGACUCAUCCCAAGAGCUCACUACUAUAUCAAGAAGCGUUUCUUUUCACUUUCCCUGGAUUUAUCGAGUCAUCCGAGUUGAUAAAGCGUUUGUUGCAUCGGUAAGGACAAAGUUAGCGGUUUUUAUUGUGAAUGUAUCAAUUUUGGAUUAUGUCCGACGAUCUUUAUAGGUUUUAAUAUAAUUUUUUGCCUAAUGUAAUGUCUUCUUUCUUCAGAUUUUCGUACAUGAAUGCCUUGGAUUCUGCUGAUUCUCACAAAGCCGCAAAACAAACGUUCUCUGUAUUAGCCAGACUCCUUAAUCAGAUCGGAACCGCCGAAUUCAAGCCUGAAUUUGUAACUCAAAUAAAUCAAUUCAUAUCUAAACUUCUGAAUCUGAGAUUCUUCGAUGCAGCAAGGCUCCUAAGGUAGGAUUUUGUUUGUAUUGAGCAUUUAGUUAUUCGGCUAUUUCAGGAAGUUUUUGUCGAAGAAACUGGGUUCACUCUUUGAUUCUUGUAAUAUUUCGGUUCAAGAUGAUGUAAAGUCCAAAUAUAAACAUAUCUUUAAAGUCAAAUCAGCUGAUAUAGCCAAACAAUUAACUUAUCUCGACAGCGAAAUGAUGUCCAAGAUCUCGGUGAGUUUGGUCAUUAUAACUUGUUAUACCGGACCAUAUAAUAUUAUCCAUAAUUUCAGACGUCCGAGAUUUUAUGGUGGGCGUCAAAUCAGUCCUCACGGAACUGCAAGAACAUUUUCGAUCUUACCAAGCACUUCAAUGAUCUCUCCUUCUGGAUUCGGGCACAGAUUCUGAAGCCGGAUUCACAAAAGGAUCGGGAAAAAAGAUUCGAAAAGUUCUUGAAGGUGGCUAAAGUAUGUUCCAAUGUUUUGUGUUGAUAGUUUUAGGCUCUGAGAAGACUAAACAAUUUUAAUUCGUAUCUCGCAGUCAUCAGCGCUUUGGAUUCUGGUCCGGUGAAAAGAUUGGAUUGGCCGAAGAGUCUCAAAAAACAGAUUGCCGAGAUGGUCAAGAUCAUGGAUAGUCGACAGUCCUUCACCAACUACCGCAGUGAACUGAAUAAUGCGAAACCUCCUUUAAUCCCGUAUUUGUAAGCGAUUUUAUAGCACGUUUUAUUUUUACGUCAAGUGUAAUAUAAUAUUUUUUCAGUGGCCUUAUUCUUCAAGAUUUGACCUUUGUAAAUGUGGGUAAUCCCGAUUACCUCCCGGGCCGCAAAGACAUGUUGAACUUUGGGAAGCGCUGGCAGCAAUACGCGAUACUGGACAGUGUAGAUCGCCUGACCCGAUGGUAAGUGCAAAUACAGAUAAAUACAGCCCAUUCCGAACGUAUUUCCCUUUUUUUAUUUACAAUUUUGGGUACCCUUAUCAGCGAUGCAUCUUUCAGAUUUUUUAAAUAUAACCCGAUGUCAAGGCUAUUUCUGAUUCAAAGCCAUGUGUAAUAUAGACAUUAUGUAACCACUAAUUACAGGCGCUAUGACAUCAAACCCGAUCAAGAUGUGCUCGGCCUGUUCGCGGGGUUCAAAGAACAUCUUGUUGACGAGGGAUGGACCAGAUCGUAUGCAAUCGAGCGACGGCGGGACUGA